AUGGAAUGUAACAAGGAUGAAGCUAGAAGGGCAAUGGAUAUAGCUGAGAGGAAAGUUUCAGAGAAUGAUUACAUUGGAGCCAAGAAAUUUGUUAACAAAGCUCAGAUUUUGUAUCCUAAUCUUGAUGGUUUGAAACAAGUGUUGAUGAUGAUUGAUGUUUAUAUCUUUGCAUCAAACAGAGAAGCUGACUGGUACGGAGUUCUCAGUGUAGACCCUUUGGCUGAUGAUGAUGCGGUGAAGAGACAAUACAAGAAGUUGGCUCUUUUGCUUCAUCCUGAUAAAAAUAGGUCAAGAGAACUGCGCGCUUAUGAUCAUAAGAGGAAGACGAAAGAAGCAAAGAAUCCACCAAACCCACCACGCAAGCCUGCUUCUCACAAUGUGAAUACAAGUGCUAGAGGAGGUGUGGAUACGAGUGCUGGGGCUACAAGUGCUAAGCCUGCUUGUGGGAUGCCAAAACCACCAAACCCACCACGCAAGCCUGCUUCUCACAAUGUGAAUCAAAAUGCUAGAAGAGGCGUGGAUACGAGUGCUAGGGCUACAAGUGAUAAGCCUGCUUGUGGGAUGCCAAAACCACCAAAUCCACACAAGCCAGCAUCUUCUUACGAGCAUCAAAAUGCUAGAGACUGUAUGGAUCCGAGCCCUAAAGCUAGGAGUUAUAUGCAUGCCCUUGCCCCUACAGAUUCAUUUAAAUAA